AUGGAUAUCUCUGCAUCUCUGUUCCGUCUUACCAAAGGUCUACUUUUUGUUCACUUUCUGCUUCAUCUAGCAGUACUAGCUGCUGAUGUUCCAACAAGCAAUGAGGUGCCCAAUGAACGGACGCCUGAAGUUGGGGGUGAAAAUGUUGAGUCCGUGGUACGUUCCUUAACGGACAGCGGCGCGCUUACCAAACCCCCGCCCCAUCCUAGAUCAAAGAAGAGGAAGGUUGGUAUGACUAAUGUGGGUGCAACUUCGGGAGCAACUCCUACAAAUCCAGCUCCAAGUAAUGUGGACACUGAUGAAGAGGAUGGCAAGGAUGAAGCCAAUGAAGGUAACAGAAAACCUUCUAGACCUAGAUCUUGGACUUGGGAUCACUUUGCAAAGGAUCCUAAGUCCAAGCCAUCACAUCCUAGGGCUAAAUAUAAUUGGGACUCGGGUGACCCUAGUCAAACAAUCCUUACCUUCCAACAAAAAAAAGAUGGUGAAGGGGUAUUUACUGCAGUUACUUUUGAUGCUGAAAUGUGUAGAAAAGCCCUUGCUCGAAUGAUAAUUGUUGAUGAGCUACUGUUCAAGUUUGUUGAGGGGGAGGGAUUCAGAUUCUAUAUGAGUAUAGUGCAACCUAGAUUUCCACUUCCAGGAAGGAUUACUGUUGCUAAGGAUUGUUGGAAUCUUUAUAUUAGUGAGAAGAAUAGGUUGAAAACUGUGUUCAAACAACCGAAUCAAUCUGUUUGUUUAACUACUGAUUGUUGGACUUCUGUGCAAAAUCUGAAUUAUAUGUGUCUCACUGCUUAUUACAUUGAUCAUGAUUGGAAAUUGCAAAAGAGGAUUAUCAAUUUUUGUCUUAUUAAAAACCACAAGAGAGAAACAAUUGGUAGAAAAAUUGAGAGAUGUCUUUUGGGGUGGGGGAUAUCUAGAGUGUUCACAAUUACUGUUGAUAAUGCUAGUUCUAAUGAUACUGCAAUAUCUUAUCUAAGAACUAGAAUGGAGGAUUGGAAUUUACAUCCUUUGAAAGGAGAACAUUUGCAUCUUAGGUGUUGUGCACAUAUUCUUAAUCUUGUUGUUAAUGAUGGAUUGAAAGAUAUGCAUGAAUCUAUUAGUAAGAUAAGAAAUGCUAUUAGAUAUGUGCGUGCUUCCCCUAGUCGCAUGAAUAGGUUCAAAAAUUUCAUAAAGGAAGCUAGGAUACAAGACAAGUGUACUGUUCAACUCGAUGUUCCCACUAGAUGGAACUUUACAUACACUAUGCUUAAAAGUGGUCUGAAGUUUCAAAAGGCGUUCAAGAGGUUAGGGGAGAGAGAUACAGAAUAUGCUCUAAUGCAAGGUGGUAUGCCGAGGAAUAUUGAUUGGGACAAUGCAAAACACUUUAUGGAAUUCUUGAAAAUUUUUCAUGAUGUUACAAAGAGUGUGUCUGGUAGUUUGCUUGUGACUUCUUCUCAAUAUUUUCAUGAGUUUUGUAAGAUUUUGCGAGUGUUCAACGCUUCUUGUGGUAGUCGAGAUCCAUUACUUGGGAGUAUGGCUGAGAGGAUGAAGCUUAAGUAUGACAAGUACUGGGGUAACAUAAAAAAUAUCAAUAUGAUGAUUUUUGUUGCUGUGGUUCUUGAUCCUAGAUACAAGUUGAAGUUUGUGAACUUUAGCUUUGAAAAGCUAUAUGAUAAGGAUGAUACUGAUUUUUUGGGUGCAAAAGUGAAAGAGACCUUCUCCAAGAUGUUUGAUUGCUAUGUGAGUGCAAAUAAUGGGGGUAGAUUAUUUACUUCAGCAAUAAUGGAUGGUGCAUCAGAUGUGGGAGUACCUGAUGGCGACAUAGCUGGUGAUUUUUUCAAGGAGGUUUAUUUUCAUGAGAUCAUCAACAAGAAUGAGGUGGAUUUGUAUUUGAUGGAUGGUAUAGAGAAGCCUCAUGAUCAAAAUACUUUUGACAUAUUGAAUUAG